AGCAACAACAACAGCAACGCCAACAAAAGCAACAGUUAAUCGACAAUGGCCAAGAGGAAGAGAGAGAAUGGCGAGAGCGCUGCCGCAGCCAAGGCCUUGAAGAGCAGGAAAAACGAGGUUGCAUCAAAAUUCAAGGAGCUUGCAGUAGAGGAUGCCACCGAAGUGCAGACCACCGUCACAGAGAAUGGCAAUGCGAUUCCAGACACAACAACCAUCCAAGUUAUUACUGGGUCCUACGAAAGAGUUCUCCAUGGCUUUGCAGCGACUGUCCCAAGUGCCCUCCUUACUGGCCAAGACAACGCCUCAAUGCCAGAAUCCGACGCUCCAAAAGUCAAUUUUACCGACACUUUUCUCUUCAACGCCCAUGCGUCCGCCAUCCGCUGCAUGGCGCUCUCUCCCCUGUCCGACGAAACCUCCAAAGUCACGCUCGCAACAGGCAGCACAGACGAGCGCAUAAACUUGUACUCGAUUUCCACCGCUCCACCCUCAAAAAACCGACCCAAACUCCCUUCCCUCAACGGCGGCUCCAUCACCGAAAACCCCAAAAACAAGGAACUGGGAUCCCUCCUCCACCAUUCCUCUAAUAUCACAGCGCUCUACUUUCCCACACGAAGCAAGCUCCUGAGCUCAGCCGAAGACAGCACCAUUGCUAUUACAAGAACACGUGACUGGACCGCCCUCUCAACCAUCAAAGCACCAAUACCCAAGCCCCAAGGCCGACCCAGCGGCGACACCGCGGGCCCUGGCGAAGUUCCCUCUGGCAUCAACGACUUCGCCGUGCACCCCAGCAUGAAACUUAUGCUCAGUGUCGGCAAAGGCGAAAAUUGCAUGCGCCUUUGGAACCUUGUCACCGGGAAAAAAGCCGGCGUCUUGAACUUCGACCACAGCAUCUUGGGUGCCGUAGGCGAGGGUCGCUUUUCCUCCGGCGAAGCCCGGCGCGUACUCUGGGACCCAGACGGCGAGGAAUUCGCAGUCGGAUUCGACCGCGCGCUCGUCGUUUUCACUAUCGAUUCCAAACCCAAGGCCAAAAUCGCGCCCGAGCCCAGAUCAAAAAUUCAUCAGAUAAUGUAUCUGCCUAAGACGAUGCAGAGGGAGAGUAUUCUCCUCGUUUCAACGGAAGACGGCCGCGUACUAGUCUACGAUACCAGUAAAACUAUCACCCACGAAGACGAUGCCAAAGCAGGGAAACAGAAGCAAGAUAUCCCAGAGAGCAAACUCCUCGCGCAAAUCGGUGGUCCAGCCGCCGGACUAACAGGACGAGUAAAAGACUUUGAAAUCUUACCGCUCUCACAGUCUACUUGUGUCAUCGUCACCGCGUGUAGCGAUGGCACAGUGCGUCUCUGGGCACUAAACACCUCUGAUCUCGACGGUAAAAGCGAGCAACACGGAGAAGGGGAAAAGGGGUUCUCAGCACCACAGGUCGGAAAGCUACUCGGAUCCUAUUCUACUGGCACGCGAAUCACGUGUUUAAAAGCAUUCCCCAUGACGGGAAUACCGGAUGAUGACGACGACGACGAAGUUGAGGCGUCGGAAAAGAAGGAAGAGUCAAGUAGUGACGAUGAUAGCGAGUAACCCUUUUACAAAAAAGAAAUGUCAAAAUUUUCAUUUCCAUCCCUUUAGUUGCAAUAGGGGAAUUUAUAAUCCAGAAUUUAAAUUAACUACC